AUGUUGGAAAAUAGGGGCCCUGGUUGGCAGUAUAUUAAAAAGGUCUUAAGAUCAAGCACAGACGCUGAGGAUAAAACUAUUGAUCCAGAAUUUGAUAAAAUGGUAGAGGAGUUCGAACUAGUAGUCCAGCAGUUCAAUGUAUUGAAUUUAAAUUGCAAGAACUAUGUAGAUGGAGUUCAAAAUCUCUUAGCUCUUGGCCAGAGCAUUGGUAUCUUAAUAAAAGAUUUGUACAAUCCUACUUUGAAAGUAAAAGAUAGUCAUUUUUACCAACAAACGCCCGUGAUUGAAGAAGAAUUAGACCUUUGGAAGGAAAUCGGAGCUUUUAGCGAUUUAAUUUCCAAUGUGGAGCUCUCAAUUAGAGACGAAAUAGAAUGGCUACAGUUUAAAUGUUCUUCUACAGUCAAGGAGGUGAAGCUAAUUGCCCAAAAUAUUGCAUCUUAUUCCAUGAGGAAGAGAAAUAGGGCUAUUUAUGAAUUAGACAGUAGUAGAAGAAAGUUAGGCCAAUUUAGUAGUGACACACAAGGUGAAUUAAGCCUGAGACAGCAAAAGGUUCUACAACACUAUGAAGAAGAAUUGGAAAGGAAUGAAGAGACAUACACCUCAAUCAAUGUGCUUUUGAAAUUAGAAUUGCCUAUUUUCUUCGAGUUGGUAAAUCAGGUAAUGGAGCUUUUUCAACAGGUUGCAUAUUACAUACAAUUGAUGGUUGUAUAUCAAUUUAAAAAUAAUAUUUCUAAUGAAACCAAGGAUCUUUGGGAUCUCGACCGAAAAGUUAAUGUUAAGGCAUUCAACUAUCAGCUUCAAGCUGCAAUCGAUGGGGCGAAACAACUAAAGAUAAUUAAAUUCAGGGAUAACUUUUUCUUUGAUUCUCUAAUGAGUCGUCCAGCAAACGAGCUGAAUAGGAUGUGUGAAGCUAUCUUUUCAUUUGAAGCUCAAAAUGAGGGGGACCUUACAAUCAAGAAGGGAGACAUCAUUAGCCUUCUAGAUACGAAGACUUAUUGGUACAAGGGCACGUUAGACGGCAAAGUUGGAAUAUUUCCUUAUAAUUACGUAAAAUUCAUUAAUUAG